AUGGAAAAAUUUGUUCACUUAAAGGCUGAUGCAAAUUCAAGAUUGUUUGCUAAAAGUGCAACGGCACUUAUGGUAGCAGCUUCACUAGGAUUCUCCGAGAUUCUACGCAUCCUUCUAUCUCAAGGUGUAUCUAUCAAUGCUAGAGACAGCGACGGCAACUUUGCAAUUCAUUUAGCUGCUGAACGUGGUCAAUUAGAAUCUGUUCGACUCCUUAUGGAAAAGGGAGGCCUUGCAAAUGUUGGAAAUAAUCGUUUCCAUACUCCAUUAAUGUUAGCUGCCGCAAAGGGUCAUGCUCACGUUGUCAGUCACCUCCUUGACAAUGGAGUAAACAUGGCCUACAAAUUGAACAAAAAUUUUGAUUCAGAACUUACCUUGGCUGCUCGAUAUAAUCACUUAGACGUUGUAAAAGUCCUUUUAAGUAAGGCUGAUGUAGGGAUUGACAGGUCAGGUGAACUUAAUGAGGCUUAUGCAAGUGCCCUAUUGUCUUCCUCCAAUGAAAUUGUUGAAACUCUACUCUCCGCUGGUGCCGACGUCAAUCACUUCGAACCUCCAACUUUACUACCGCUUUUCGUAGCUAUUGGGCGCAAGGACGUGGAAUUUGUCAAAACUUUGCAUAGACAUGGAGUUGAUCUCACCAGGUUUGAUGAUGAAGGCUAUUCCCCUCUAAUGUACGCAGUUAUAAGGGAAAAUUUGGAAGCUGUUAAAUUUUUAAUUUCCAUUGGUAAGUACAUCUUAAGAUGUGAUAUUAUUAUUAUUAUUUUAGUAUAUUUAAUUAAGAUAAUGAAAUUAGGUGCAUGA